CGCGCGCGCGCACGCGCAAUCUCACACGCGCGCCGUGCACAAACACACACGCACACACACGCGCGCGCGCUCUCUCUCUCCUGAGCGCGCGGCUCUGCUUCUUAUUAGCGCUUCAUCUGCGCUUCUCCUCCAUCAUCAGCCUGCAGGAAUCAGAGAGAGAGAGAGAGAGAGAGAGAGAGAGAGGAGGAAGAAGAGGAGAGGGAAGGAGGAGAGGAUUCUUUCCGGGGUUUUUUGGAGGGAAAAAAGAGGCAAGGUGAAUACAGCGCGCACUAAAAUACACGGAAUGAUGGAAUAAAACGUCAGCUUGCACACCGAACACCGGGAGCGAGUGAUUUAUUACAGCACUCUGGGUUGUUGGCUCCGCCCACUUCCUCCUCCGAUGGACAGUAUUGAUGUGUAAUUACUUUAGAAGAUGAAUGUGUCCUCCCACGUCAGCUUGGACCUGCAGCUCAAUCACAGGCCUCGUUUCUCUGAGGAAGCUGACGGAGCUCAGUGAGGACGAUGUGGAUGGUGCAGUAACGUCAGCAUGAAGCUCUUCAGUGCUCUGCGUCAGGCCUCUCUCGUGCACCGCUAGGCCCCUCCCCCCCACACGCACACACACAUACACACACACACACACACACACGCACACACACACACACGCGCACACACACACACACACACACACACUGUAUCUCCAGCCCCUCCCCUUUUCCCACCGCCACCCUUUUACACUGAUCCCCUGAGACAGGAAGUAGGAACUUUCCUCCUCCUUCCCCUCGACUCCUCGGCCAUGUCUCUACCCUGUGACAGUGGACGCCGGCGUCCAUUUUCCCGCCCUCGCCGUAAAUGGGACACGUGCUUGGUAUGGUUGUUAGGAUUGGCUCUCCGGUUGGCACUCUCUUCGUGCCAGCGCUCGGAUUACAGUGCUUCCAAACACCCCAUCGUUUCCACCAGUUACGGUAAGAUCCGCGGCAUCCGGAAGGAGCUGAACAACGAGAUCCUUGGCCCGGUGGAACAGUUCCUUGGCGUCCCGUAUGCCACGCCUCCCAUAGGAGACCGCCGCUUCCAGCCCCCCGAAGCACCCGGAGCUUGGCAUGACAUCCGGAAUGCCACACGGGUCCCGCCAGCGUGCCCGCAGAACGUCCAUGGAGCACUGCCCGAAAUCAUGAUGCCCGUGUGGUUCACAGAGAACCUGGACGCUGCUGCUGCAUACCUGCAGGAUCAGAGCGAGGACUGUCUCUACCUCAACAUCUACGUCCCUACGGAGGACGGUCCGCUCACUAAAAAACCUGACGAGUCGGCGACGAACAGGCCGAGGGACGAAGACAUUCGAGAUCGGCGGAAGAAGCCGGUCAUGUUGUUCAUCCACGGUGGUUCGUAUAUGGAGGGAGCUGGAAGCAUGUUCGAUGCAAGUGUCCUCGCCGCCUAUGGCAACGUCAUCGUUGUCACCAUGAACUACAGACUCGGGGUUCUGGGUUUCCUAAGCACUGCCGAUCAGUCGGCUAAAGGGAACUACGGCCUGCUGGAUCAAAUCCAGGCUCUGCGCUGGCUCAACGAAAACAUCGGCCAUUUUGGAGGGGACCACGAGAGGAUCACCAUCUUCGGCUCAGGCGCCGGAGCAUCCUGCGUCAACCUGCUCAUCCUGUCCCAUCACUCUGAAGGUCUGUUCCAGAGAGCGAUUGCCCAGAGCGGCUCUGCCAUCUCCAGCUGGUCUGUGAACUACCGCCCGCUCAUGUACACCAAGAUUCUGGCCAAGAAGGUGGGCUGCAGCUCUGGGGACACGGCCGACAUGGUCAGCUGUCUGAGGAGGAAGAGUUUCCGAGAGCUUGUGGAUCAGGACAUUCAGCCCGCACGCUAUCACAUUGCCUUUGGGCCUGUGGUAGACGGAGACGUGGUUCCUGACGACCCUGAGAUCCUCAUGCAGCAGGGAGAGUUCCUGAAUUAUGACAUCUUGUUGGGGGUGAAUCAAGGAGAAGGGCUGAAGUUUGUGGAUGAUAGUGAAGGAGAGGAUGGAAUUUCAGCUGCCACUUUUGACUACACCAUAUCCAACUUUGUGGACAACCUUUACGGAUACCCAAGUGAUAUCCUUCGCGAGACAAUAAAGUUCAUGUACACUGACUGGGCCGAUCGCGAUAAUGGAGACAUGAGGAGGAAGACUCUGCUUGCGCUCUUCACAGAUCACCAGUGGGUGGCGCCAGCGGUGGCCACAGCCAAGCUGCACGCUGAGUUCCAAUCGCCGGUUUACUUUUACACUUUCCACCAUCACUGCCAGAUGGAGGGCCGACCCGAGUGGGCCGAUGCCGCACAUGGAGAUGAGAUUCCCUACGUCUUUGGAGUGCCCAUGGUGGGCGCCACUGACCUCUUUCCAUGCAACUUCUCCAAAAAUGACGUGAUGCUUAGCGCCGUCGUUAUGACCUACUGGACCAACUUUGCUAAAACCGGAGACCCGAACAUCCCAGUUCCCCAGGACACCAAGUUUAUCCACACAAAGCCAAACCGUUUCGAGGAGGUUGUGUGGACUAAAUUCAGCUCUAAGGACAAGCAGUACCUUCACAUUGGACUGAAGCCACGCGUACGAGACAACUACCGUGCCAAUAAGGUGGCCUUCUGGCUGGAGCUGGUGCCACAUUUGCACACACUACAUGAGGAGAUGAUUGGCUCUUCUGGUGCAACCCGCUUACCACCAUCUGGCGGCGCCCCUCACAGACCUGGAUGGAAAAAUCCAGCGCUGAAUCCGAAUCAUCCUGGCACACGUCAACCCUCAGUUUCCUCCACAUAUCCACCGGAUACAGAUAUGGAUCCGGAAGGUUCGGAGCGCCCACGCUUGUCUCCGUUCCCAGAGGCAGCACGGGAUUACUCCACGGAGCUAAGUGUAACGGUGGCAGUUGGUGCAUCUCUGCUCUUCCUGAACGUCCUGGCAUUUGCGGCACUCUACUACAAACGUGACAAGCGCCACGAAAUGAUGCUGCUGCAGCAGAGACGACGCCAUCGGCGUCUUUCACCUCAGCGUGGUGCUGCUGGUGCCCCAAUUCCUGCCACAGCCAUCUCUGUGGGCAACGACUUGGAAGAGGAGCUCAUGUCACUAAGGAUGAAGCAGCAGAGGGCCGAGUUGGACCUGGAGCCACUUCGAUGCCCGCCGGAUUACACGCUGGCACUAAGGAGGGCACCCGAUGAUGUGCCGCUCAUGAUGCCCAGCACCAUUAGUGCCAUGCACGCCUUCAAUACUUACCCCCCUGCUCCUGGCCACACCCCAAAUCCAGGCCCCGCCCCUGGGUCCAGCUCUAGCUCUGUGCAUACCAACAAUGCUUUGCCCCAUCAGCACUCUACCACUCGUGUAUAGUACCUCGCCAAGCUCUAAACACACCUUAAGACUACCUGCACCAGGAACGGUGCUCUGCAGAGGUAACACGUUUUGUCCAGUUCAGGAACGUCCAAGUCCGGUCCUGGAGUUCUUUAGUUCGGCACGGUUUGGUUAUAUUCGUGUUCGAAGGUAAACCAAACUGUACUGGACUCCAGAACUUCAGAAGGGGAACUGGGAACCUGUAGCCUAGUGGUAGAGAGUCACAGUCACUGGACUAUUGUCCUUUCUCAGAUAUCUUGACCAGUCCAGAUGCUUCGACUUCCUCCUACUAGACGAUGUAACGACUGAAAAAAGGACUGAAAACCUUUAUAUUCAUCUACAACACAUUCUCUUGUCCCGUUUAAUCGCUCCAGUCCUCGUUUUCUGUCUUUUUUUGAAAAACAAAAAGAGUUUUAAGAAAAUAAACAGAGGAGCAACCACUCAGUUGGCCAUCUUGCCCUCAAUCCCCUCUCUACAAUCUCCUGCUUUCUGUUCUUUUUACCCACGCUUGCUGUGUUGCAUUUUUCUCUCCAUUCCUUUUUUUGGUCAUGUCCUUCACCUAAUGCAUAACUCUGCUUUUUGAACUGAACACUUUUAUAAAUCGAGAGAACCUCUGUGUAACACGUACUAUCAAGAACGUUCUGAGGACAUGAAUGAGAAAAAGAUUUGAAUAUUUAGUUUUUACCAGCAUUUCUGUGCCAAGUACUGUGAUAUCCAUCUGAUCAGACUCCGAGUCCAGAGGACAGACUCGGAUCCGGAGCGCAUCCGAGGACCGCAUUCGUGGAAUUUAGAAGUCACUGAAAAAGUGCCAAAAUCUUCUUGUUUGCUUUUAUUUUCUUCUCUCUCUCUCUCUCUGUCUGUCUCUCUCUCUCUCUUUCUCUGCCUUUCUCUCUCCCUCUCUUUCUCUUGCUUUUGCACUGUUGCUGGUCUGGGACGAGAUUUGAUUCUAUAAGCAGAAUAUCUAUAUUAAAGUCUAAAUAUAGAAUUAUGAAAAUUUAUAUCUUGUUUGCUCUCGGGGAAAAUUUGCAUGAUUUAUUUUUAAAGAAAACGGACACGCGCACGAGAUUCCUCUUCUUGUUUUAUUAUCAGCAUCCUAUUCUUUCAAGCUCUCUCUCUCUAUCUUUUUUUUUUGUCUCCGCUAUAUUGUGCACUUCAUUCGGAGAUUAUUUUCCUUCUCUAGAGACUUAUCAGGAGCAUAUCAGGAAAAUGGAAACUGAUUACCAUCAUAAUGAGAAAAAAGGAUGUAUAGAUCCCUUUUAGCCCAUUUAUCAAAAGCUGGAAAUCUCGGGAACGCUGAGCCUCGAGGAAGGACUUAUCGACGCUCCGGCAUCCCUCCAUCUCUUUCUUUCUCUCUGUCUCUCUCUCUCUCGCUCUUUCUUUCUUUCUCUCUCUUUCUCUAUGCCUUUGUUUAUACUGUAUAUUCCACUACAUUUACAUUGAACUCGCACAAUAAGGAAUGAGAUCCCGUUCUUUCUCUUUUUCUCUCACAUCCAGUGUUUUCCUCUCAUCCCUGUUUCCCUUCGAUUUCUCCACUCGUGUGCAGUCAGGGUGCUAAAGAGGCCACACGGAAUGAUGAAAAACCCAUCGACAAGGAUCCAAAGUGGACAGAGGACAGAAUACACUAUGAAUGACUAAAACACCAACCGUGACGGUGCGUCCUCGUUUCAUCGCUUGUCUCAUCGUCAUCUUUCUGUUCGCGUCUCGUUUCCGGAAAACACUCAGCGGAUGGAUGGAUGGAUAUAAAAAUCUUGAGGGAAACAAACAAACAAAAAAAAAUACACAAAACCUACAAACUGUACAUUUUUUGAAGUUGUACUAGAUGACACGGUCUUUGUAAAUAUUCUGUUUCGUUGUUUGGUUUUACAGGUGAACGGCCGAGCGACUCUUUUGUGAGAACAGGUGCAAGUUGAGUUUCUUUUUUUCCUUGAUUUACAGACCGUUUUUUUCUUUCUUUCUUUCUUUAGCACGUAACGUAAACACGCUUCUCCUGAGCCUCGGAGUUAGACCUCACUGACACGACACUCAACACUUUAUCGUGAACGCUUUAACGCAUCAUCAGUACUCAGUACAUCAGUAUACAGGAGGAGUGAGCACUAUGAACUCUGUCUCAUUUAGAAGCCUGAAAAGCACAGCUGUCUUCUAAACGUCACGGCGUAGGGUCACAUGACCUCAGCAAGGUCGUUACACGGGGUCACACGACCUCCGCAAAGAGCAGCACAGAAUUCUCUUCACCGCCGAGAGAAAAGCUGAUGAUGUCAUAACGUUACGUCACCAUCUCCACUUAAAAGUCUAUUCUUUUUUUCUUUCUUUCUUACUCUUCCCUCUCUUCUUUCUUUCACUUCCUCUUCUUUUCUUUCAUCACUUCUCUCCUGAACAAAACAUUAAAAACUUUUUAAAAAUAGAACUUUUCUUUCUAUCUUCAGUUACGUCUCCGCCUCUUUGCGCAGGUGUGUGUGUGUGUGUGUGUGUGUAUAUGUGUGUGUGCCCAUGUGUGUGUGAGACGUUGAACAGUGUAACCCGACAAUGUGAUGAUGGAUAUUUUUCUGUAAUGAGCGGUGAAGUCGCUGCGUCUCAUACCAAACCCCAGGGGUAAUGAUGAUAUUUUGAAGCGUCCACGUUUAAACUCUCGUAUUUAAAACCGGAUUACGAUUCUUGAUCAUCAUCCGUUGAUUUGAUCACAUGACACUGUGGCCGUGUGAUCCUGACUCGAACCCGUUACGGUUUAAGUUAAAGGAGAUCGAAACCUCUCUGCGUGUUAUAUUUCAGAAAUAGAGAAUUUAAACUGUCGAUAUUUUUGUACAGAGGGACUGAGAGGCAGCGGACAGACUCGCUAAGCACACUGUCACCAAAUCUCACGGUGAUCCUCUCGUCUGCCGUGGCCGUGUGUGUAUUACUGUGUGAUUGGGGGGGGUGAUUGGGGUAGAGAUAUAUUACAGAUAUUUACUAAGUGCACCUGCUCUAAUAUUACCGCUGGGUCGCCAAAUAUACACUUGCACCUGUUGCUUUUCAUUUUGUUCAGUCGCAGCGACUCGGGAUGAGAGUAACGGGUUUGGGGGAUAACGACGUUCAUAUUUCUAUUUCAUAUAAAGGCUAUUACACACUGUAUGUUGUGUAUAUGAACUGGAGAACAUUAAAAGACAUUAUAAAACACA